AUGCGAUUGUCUUCUUUCUGUAUUAAUAAGAAGAAAACUAUCUAUCUAUUUACGAUUCCUUCUUUCUAUGUAACUAUCUAUCUACUUACGUUUGUUUGUUUCUAUCUAUCUGUCUAUCUAUCUAUCUAUCUAUCUAUUUGGACAACGACAUUAAACAUAAAAAUUUCCUCUAUUCUUUAUUUCUUUCUUUCUUUUUUCCUUCCUUCCUUUCUUUCUUUUUUCCUUUCUUCCUUCCUUUCUUUCUUCCUUUCUUCCUUCCUUCCUUCCUUCAUUCCUUCUUUCUUUCUUUCUUUCUUUCUUUCUUUCUUUCUUUCUUCAUUCCUUUCUUUCUUUCUUCCUUCAUUCCUUUCUUUCUUCCUUCCUUUCUUCCUUCCUUUCUUUCUUUCUAUUUUUCUUUCUUUCUUCCUUCCUUCCUUUCUUCUUUCUUUCUUUCUUUCUUUCUUUCUUUCUUUCUUUCUUUCUUUCUUUCUUCCUUCAUUCCUUUUUUCUUUCUUUCUUUCUUCCUUCAUUCCUUCCUUUCUUUCUUUCUUUCUUCCUUUCUUUCUUUCUUUCUUUCUUUCUUUCUUUUUUCUUUCUUUCUUUCUUUCUUCCACUGAAAUCAACCAGUGUCUCUGA